AUGCGGCGCGGAGGCUGGCGGGAGCACGUGCGGGCGGAGCUGCGGGCGCGGGAGGGGCGCUGGCGCGGGUUGCGGCGGUUGCUGGAGCGACACGAGCAGCUCCAGGAGCGGCUGGACGCGCAGCGGCCGGGCGGAGGCGCCGCGAGGCCCCCCGCGGAUCCGGCCGCCCUCCCGGUGCAGCUGCGGCGCAAGGCAGGCGAGUCGCAGCAGCAGGUCGCCCUCCAGGCGGAGCUUCUGCGGAGCGCCGAGGCCGAGAGCCGCGAGCAGCGCGCCAGGUUGGGCUGCCUUGCCCGGGAUUUGGCGGCGCUCACCCGACGGCACCAGGAGGCCGAGUGCCGCGCCUGGAGCUUCGCCCGGGAGAAUGAAGAGCUGCGCACGGAGCUGGGCCAGGCCCGGGCCCUUCUGCAAGAGGCCCAGGCGGGAAGGCUGGCCCUGGAGGCCCGCUGGCUGAGGGAGAAGGCGCUGGAGGCCAUGCGGGUCAACCGGGCUAUCGAGCAGGAAGAGAAGUACCGGAGGAAGGUGACCCGUCUGCAGGAGAAGCUGAGCCAGGCAAAGGGCCAGGCCGGGCUGCCUGGUGUGGAUUCAGAUGGAAGGGGGGGCAGCAGCCUCAGCGCAUCCUCCAAGGCGGCCUCAGGGUCCCACACCUGCCUGUCUUUGCUGCAGCGCUUUGCCUUGAAGAGGGGCAGCUAUUGGGAGCCACCUGACAGAAGAGGCAGCAGCACCCGGAAACAGCUGCCGCCUUGCAGCUGGAACCCAAGAGUCACUCCUGUGGAUUUGGGCUCUGCUGGUUUGGGAUCCAAGUGCUGGGAGGUGUUGAAGACCCGGCCUGGUGAGGGCAAUUUCCCCCCCUGCCCUGCCCUUUGGAGGCCGCUGCCCAAAUGCCAGCUGUCUCUACAGAAACAGGUAGAAUUGAGCCAACCGGAGGAAUUUUGCUGAGCAGAAACAACUUCCUGCGCUGUCCCUCCCUGCCUGUCUGCCUCCCUCCCCCCAGCCGCCUGCUUUUAUGCCUGGGAAAUGAAUAAAAAGCUGUUUCAGUUCA